AUUGACAUUUCAUCUUACCGAUAACGCCUAUCCAAGUGUGGCUUCUACAGAGUUUCCAUCUGAAGCUUUGACCAGACGGAAGGGUGUUUGCAAGGUUGAGGGGGUUAGAGGAUACAAUACGAAUUGUACCGGACACUUGCAUAGGGGAGGAGCUAAGUCUGUUAUUGAUAAUGAAGGGAGAAAAAAAAUUACAGUUUUUAGUAAGGCAUUGUUAAUUGUCUUAGCUAGAGAGAAUGACAAAGAUGGUAGAAUCAACCGUGUAUAAUAUAAGUUUAUUGAGGACAAAGAAGAUGAGCUGCGUGUACUUUUAUAUGAAAGAAAACGAAGUGACAGAAUUCGCACUAGGAAAAAUGAGCCAGAGAGUAUAGGAUGAUAGCUAAGAUGACGCCGAAGAGUCCGAGUAGAGAGGCAAAUAUUUCGACGAUAAGGGCUUUGACGAAUAGAGAUUCGUUGGCGGCAUCUGCCAUGGCUACGCUAGCGCCGAUGAUGCCUACAGAGAUACUACGAAAGUUGGUGAAUAUUUGUGUGUAUACAAUUUAGGAGGAUAAUUAAGGAGAGUUUAGCGGUACCCGCAGAAUAGGUUAACUAAGCCACAUUGGAGACCCCCCCAAAACAAUGAAAACCCCGCAUGGUAAUCUGCGGCACUGAAUGUUUCUUUAGAAUUUGCCUCUAGUUUGCUUUGGAAUACAAUCGCUACAAUGAUUCCAUAGACAGCUACGGCUUCGCAGCAGAUAAUGCUGGAAAAAAAUAGGUAAGAUAAAGUUCUGGAACGAGUAUAGUUGGCUUAUGAGGGAAAAAUGAAUAUACCUGAUCAUGUUUUUGGAUUUGAUGCGAGGGACUUUGGAUGCUGUGCCCAAAAGUGAGGGCGCUAUUGUGAAUAUUCCCCUAAUUGAAAGUUCUACAUAGUCAGUCUAGAUGGAAGAAACAUUUAUACAGAAGUAGCGAGCCCGAUACCCAAGGCAGCAAAAUAGUAAGGGCUUAUUUUAUCAAGUAUGUCGCUGAAAGGGAUUGGACCGGUAGCUGAGCUCAUCAUGUAACUGCUAAGUGAGACUAUGAUAUUUUCGUCUCUCUAUCAUACAAUGCUGUUUGUAUAUACUUAAAAAAAAUUUUUUGGAACUGAAUCGAAGUCCGCUUCGACGGGUUUGUGGUACAUUUUUAAAAGAGCUUGCGUUUAUUGGGCUAAUGUAUGGCACGGGCGUGGGAGGUUUACAUCAGCCGCCUGCGUGCAUUGAUCAUUGAAUUGAUUCGUAUGUCAAUUCACGUGCAGGUGAAUGAACGGAGGAACGAAACUAAUGAGCUCAUGCUCAAGCUUUCAGAGUUUUUAGAGCUCUGUGACACAGGUUAUGCAAAUCUUUUAGAGGGUCGGCAGCAGGUCAUUGACAUGCUCUGUAGUCAGAAGUUCGAUAGACUUGGCGACAAGAAGCAAGAAAGGGCUAUAUUAGACUUUCUCAGAGGCCUGAAUUUAGAGCUUGGUAAUUGAAGGGAAAAAAGAGAUUUGUUUUCAGAGAGAAUGAUGCAUUUUUGUUAAAGAUAACUGUGUAUUGUACUGAGGUUACGAUGUUUGGCUGUUUUGAGCCGACGCUUGUGCGAAGGCUUCCGAAUGUCCCUAGAAGAUCUGCGCGUAGUUUGGUUCCGUCUAUUUGUCGUCGUAUGAUGACGAGUGAGUAUACGAAAAACAAUGCGACUAUAGAGACAAAAAGAAUUUGCAACAAAUUACCGCAAUCCCAUUUAGAAUUUGCUACAUCUCCAUCUGCACAGGAUGCACGCGUGCGAGUAUUGGGAAGUUUGGACGAAGUGACAAAUCCGCCUGUGUCUGAUUACCUUAUUCAAGGAAGCACUGAUCUUUGGAAGAUGGCUGUUGGCUUAGAAAUUCAUGCUCAAAUAACAUCUAAGACCAAAUUAUUUUCAUCGGCUCCGUCUGCCUUUGGAGAUUUACCAAAUCACAACGUUUCUUUUUUUGAUGCCUUUAUUCCCGGUACAUUGCCGGUGCUUAACGAAGAGUGCGUUAAUCGAGCUGUCAAAAUUGGGCUUGCUAUAGAUGGUCAUAUUCACAUGCUUUGUCGUUUUGACCGAAAGCAUUAUUUUUAUUGCGAUCUUCCUGGAGGAUAUCAAAUCACCCAGCGUGACUACCCAAUUGUCACAGGCGGGUAUCUUGACAUUUUGCUUCCUGGGCAAACGACCAAAAGAGUUUCUAUUGAGCGCAUACAGCUGGAAACAGAUUCAGGCAAAUCUCUUCAUGACCAGGAGGACCACUUAACUUACAUCGAUCUGAAUCGUGCUGGAUGUGCCCUCGUAGAGAUUGUAUGCAAGCCAGAGAUUAGCAGUCCAGUGGAGGCUGCAGCUUUUCUCAGAAAGUUGCAACUUGUCCUCAGAUACCUUGAUGUUUGCAAUGGAAACAUGCAAGAAGGUUCCCUUCGUUGCGAUGCCAACGUAAGCGUACAACGCGCAUCUUCUUUGCUAAAAGGAACGCGAUGUGAAAUCAAAAAUUUGAAUUCUAUUAGAAAUCUUUCUCGUGCCAUUGAAUACGAGGCGCAUCGACAAGUCUCCCUUAUUGAAUCUAAUCAAAUCGUCGAACAACAAACCAGAUUUUACAAUCCUAUCAAACGUAUUACGUCUGUUGGGCGAGAAAAGAGCGAUUCCACUGACUACUUCUUCUUCCCUGAACCCGAUCUUCCUUAUUUGGUUAUCGAUCAAGAAAGAAUUCGUCGAAUCUCUGAGCAAAUUCCUCCUCUUCCGGAUCAAGUUCGCGACGAUCUUAUCAAUACUUAUAAGCUCGAUCCUUACGAUGCGAACAUUCUCUCCUCCCAUCUGGGUGCCUCUGCUUACUUUGAGCGCGUUGCUCAUGGCCGCAGUAACUAUAAAGAUAUCGCCAAUUGGAUUAUCAACGAUAUUUUUUCUCAACUCAAAAUUCACAAACUAGAUAUCGACCGCUCGCCUCUAUCCAGCGACCACCUAGGAGAAAUCCUUGACCUGAUCUCAGAUAAUUCCAUUUCUUCAAAAAUAGCUAAAGACAUCAUAGCAUCUAUCUUCCUUGGCGACAUGCGAUGUCCUUCUUCUAUUGUUCGUGAUCGAAAGCUUACUCAAAUCAACGAUCACCAAUUUCUUCAACAACUCUGUCAAGACACUCUCUCCGCUUUUCCAAAGCAAGUUCAGCAAUACCGCUCUGGAAACACCCGAGUCCUUCAACAUUUCGUCGGACACGUCAUGCAGCACACAGACGGUAAAGCCCCUGGCAAAAUUGUCACUCAUAUUUUCAUUCAACUCCUACGUCCAUGAUCUUCUCACUGAAAUUCAACUAGAAAUCUACAGAAUUUCAAUUAUCGUUUCUUGUUAUGUAUUUGCGUAUUAUUUCGAUCAAAAAAAAAUUUCAAAUUUGACAAAUUUUUUUCAUUUUUCAUCUUUGUCCUGAGAAAUUCACGCCUCAAAUGUAAAACUUCUGUUAUCGAGUAUGACUCAUACCGAUGAUCCACCUCAUUCACCUUCCGUAUACCCUUCUCCUCAAAAUAGCUUGAAAGGUUUUGACAGGGCUUUCGAAUUGCACUUGCCGGGGCUGGAUGGCAAGAUCAUCACCGAGGACACAUUUGGGUAUGCAAUGGAUCUGAUUCGUGGUGGCGCGGACUUCACCCGCCGCGAAGCGGAGCGCUUAAAAGGUGAAUUGUAUCAGAUUCGUCGAUCAAGAGAACGUCUGUCUAUUCAGAACUUGGAUUUUUUUAUGCAAAGUAUUUCCUGCGCGAAGGCAUUGAGUACAGAAGCUCGCUCCCUAUCUGAAAAUCUGAAAAUCCUUUUGCGCCGGUGGUCCGACUUGAAGGAGUUGUUCACCUGUCAAAAAAUUUGCCGAGAAUUAGAAGAUUUGAACAAAGUACGUCAAGACGACCAAAAAGCUUCAAGUUACCAUUAUCGGAUCCUCGAAAUUUUGGAGGUACCUCAACUCAUAAGGAAGUGCAUAGAUAGUCAGCUCUAUGCCCAAGCGCUGAAAUUGGACUGUCAUUUUAUGAAGUUGGCGUGCACCCAUUCAAACGUGCCUAUAUUUUCGACGGUUGCAAGAGAUGUAAAUCUUUCUGUCUCAAUCAUGCAGAAACGGUUAGAGCGGCGUCUUGAGCAUAGUACUGAACUGCUCGAUGGUGUCCAAAUUAUUGAAUUUUUGAGAGAAAUGGGCACAUACACAGAGUGUGAAUUAUGUGUAACAUUUUUAAAGCGCCGUCAAGUAUAUCUCAAGAGUUUGGCUGAAUCCAUUUCGAUGAGUGAUGACCUGAUAGAAUACAUGGGGAAGAUAUGUCGUGAAUGGCGCGAAGUCAGGAAUCAAUAUAGAGCCGCGUUUCCCCGACAAGAAGAGGUUCAUUUGAUCUAUAAUUCUUGGAUGAUCAAUCAAUUGAGUCAAUUUUUGACCUUAUUUAAAGAAAAAAUAUCGAAUAUAUCUCAUGGGGCUGAUUUGUCGUGUCUGCUUUCCCAGUGUUUACUGCUGAGCUCGUCGACAAAGAAAUACGGAAUCGAUUUGGAAGGACUUUUGAUACCUAUUUUCGAAGAAAAGGUCAUCGAUUUUUUUAGUCAACUGAUUCAUUCAUCUAUUCAAAUUUAUUUUAAACAGCUCGAAAAAUACCAUUCGACCAUUAGCCAGAUACCUGCUGAUUAUCCUGUAGCAGAUCCUUCAUUGCCGCCUGUUGAGUUUCUGGAAUAUUUACCUAUAGCACAUCUUACCAACGCAUUGCUGCUCACGUUCAACGAAGUACAGCCAAUUCUUCUGUACUCAAUCAAGACUGAAAUAACCUAUAUACUUGAAAAAACACUGCAGCUGGUCCUAGACAAACAAGCAUCGAUUGGUAUCGAACGUAUUUCAAACAUGGUCACACACGUAUUUAUACCUUACAUCCUUUCAUGUUAUGACGUCCUUUGGGAGAGUGAAUCAGGGCCAACUUGAAACACCGGUACGACCCUUCAAUAGAUUUUAUUUUUUUCCGACCAACACGCUAACUGUCGUGCCAGAUAUCAACACCGAUAAUAACAGACAACAUAAACACUUUGAAAACCCCCUUUCUUUCUUCA